AUGUCUAUACUUCUCCCGCUCUACGUGUAUCCAAGUGCGGGUGCAUGGGAUCCGCUAUACGCAGCAGCAAAAGCGUAUAGAGAUGUAGACUUCACCGUCAUCAUCAACCCUUGCUCUGGCCCCUGUAUGGGGUCACUCCCUGACCAAGUGUACCUUGAUGAGGUCCCUAAACUACGAGCCUAUCCAAACAUCAGAACACUGGGAUACGUCGCAACCGAUUAUGCAGAAAAGCCUAUCGAAAGUGUUUUGGCAGAAAUCGACACGUACGCGCGCUGGCCCAAAGUCGCAAAUAUCACCAAGAUGCGCGUUGAUGGAAUCUUCUUGGACGAGACACCAAGCAUGUUCGACGAGGACGAUUACGCAUAUUUGAAGACAGCAAACCAAGCAAUCAAGAACAACACAGCGUUCAGCGAGCGCUUCAUAGCUCACAAUCCAGGUCUGGUGCCCACUUCUAUACUCACUUCGCCCACAGUACUACAAGAAUCCUACCUCAACCUCACCGAUCUCACUGUCGUAUUCGAAGAGACAUUCGACAAGUGGCUUGACAGAGAUGUUAUGGUUCCGCUACAAGCACACAAGAUUCGGCGUUCGAGAUUGGCAGUCAUACUGCAUUCGUUGCCGAAUCUGACUGGAGAAGUGCUGGAUUUCGUGAUCCAGCAGGUGCAGAACACGGCGGAUUGGAUCUUCUUGACGGACAGUGCGGAUGACUAUUAUCAUACCUUUAGCGCAAUGUUUGAGAGUUUGGUGAAAGCGGUUGACGAAAGUAGUUAA